AUGUCUACAAGAAUUAUACCGGAAACAAGUAAACCAAACGAAUAUAAAGAGGCAGAAGAUAGACAAGAAAGUAGGCAAGAAAAUGAACUUGAAGAUGUGAUUUUUAAGGUUGAUGGUGUUGAUAUGUUAGUUGAAGAUUUUUUGAUCGAAAAUAAUCUGGAAGCUCAAGAAUUAAUAGAUAAUAUUGAAGAAUAUACCUACCUGAUAGAUCAACUAGUC